AUGGCGAUGGAAACACAGAAACCCAGCAUGGACACAGCCCAUGUCCAGAGCCCCAUGAAAUUCUCCCGCUACCGGUCCGUGAGAAGGGCCGCCUCACAAAAGCCGAAAUCGCUGAAUACCUCAGUUCCUCCGGUCCCCAGUCCACCAAGCGCCCCGGUGACGAGUACCGCUUCUCAUAAUGGGACGGGGUCGACCAAUGAUCCUCCGAGUGCCUCGAUCAGCAGAAGCAUGUCGCGAUAUCGACGCCAACGCGCUCCGACAGCCACCCCCGCGACAGCGCAGUCCCCGGCCCCUGCCCUUCCAGCGCAUGGAGCGCAAUUGAACGGAGUCUAUCCACAGUCGAUCCCCGAAACACCGGCCGAUGCGACAAAAAUGGCACAAGUUCCCGCGCCGUCUCGAAGGGUACCGGACGCUGCGACUACGGCGAAGGUCCAUGGAGACGGCAAUGCGCCUGCCGAGGACGACGAGGCGGAGCGCGAAAAACACAGACAGGAUGCCAUGGCGCGCUUGACGGGGGAAUCCAACAAGCCUAGGUUGCGCAGGGCGACGACCCAGGAACGGGCCGUGCCGCGGGUCGCAGAUGACCGGCGCAAGCACGAUGCUUCAGACCCUCUGGCACGAUGCCGCAAGUCGGAUGACUCCAGCGAACCGAAACGUCGCUCGCUGAAAGAGAGGAUGAAGCUGGUUAUACCGCGAGAUAAAUCUGCGGAGUCGGCUGCCAAAGCGGUUGAGCCGGCCGCUGGAUCUUACUUCACCGGGGUGGAUGCGCCUGUUUCGGCGGUGAAUGCCGGCGAACGAAACGUUCUCGUCCAGUAUGGCAAGAUGUCUGCCAAGCUGAGUGUCAUGCCGUCUACUCGUGUUCAGGACCUGUUGUUUAUGGCCUCGAGAUCUCUGACCAGCGAGAUCGAUCCUCUCAACUUCAUCCUGAUGGAGUCCUUCAGCCAGCUGGGGCUUGAGCGGCCGUUGCGUCGGUAUGAGUGUAUCCGGGAUGUGAUGAACUCGUGGGCCCACGACGGAGAGAAUGCAUUGAUCAUCGUUCACCCCGCAAGUCUCGAAUCGCUCCGUUCGCUUGAAGCGCAGAAUGUACCGGUUGCGCCGCCGGCAGAUGUGACGGUGCACGCCUACUACUCGCAACGGCCCCGGAAGUGGGAUAAACGAUUCGUCACUCUGCGUUCGGACGGGCAAAUCACCGUCUCCAAGAAGGAACAUGGACAGGACCAGACGAAUGCCUGCCAUAUUUCCGACUUUGACAUCUAUGCACUCACGCUGGAUUCCCUGCGCAACAAUGUGAAGCCUCCCAAGAAGAUCUGCCAGGCAAUCAAAAGUCAGCAAAAGUCCAGCAUGUUUCUGUCGACGGAGAAUUUCGUCCAUUUCAUCUCGACCAACGACCGAGCGGUUGCGCAAAAGUGGUACAAUGCGGUCCAGACAUGGCGCAGCUGGUACCUGGUUCACAAGAAGGGCGCAGCCCCGGUGGAUGAGGCGGAAGAGAUCGAAGAUAUAGAUAAUUCCCACCAGCAAAGGAUUGGCUCGUCACAUUCUCGAUCGAAUCAGCCACGUUCGUUCAAGCCGCUGAUCGAUCUCGAUUCCGAUCAUCAAGCAGGUGCCGAUGCAGCCCCGCCGUCCACCGCCGUGUCGGAUGAGCCCGCCAAGUCGAGCAAGUCGAAAGAUAUGUUUAUUCGGAAGGGAAGUUCGCGCGAGCAUGGGCCUCCACCGUCGUCGUUCCCUAAAUCAUUGGUUGCAGAGCCGGAUAUGUCCAGGUCGGCAGCACAGUCUUCUGAGGAGUCUCCCUUCUCUUCGGGCGGGCUUCUAGGCCGCACGUACACCGUACGGCAGCAAAUCAUGAAAGACCGGGAAGAGAAGGAGAAAAGAGCGAAUGAAGAGCCCUUCACGUCUAACGGGCUGGUUGGUACCCUAGGCUCGCGCCGCGGCCCCGUCAGCCAGCCAGCCAGCCGUUCGAAUACGAUGACCUCGGCUCAGCCGCCUGAUCUGAACGGCGGGAUGAAUCGAUCACUGUCGGUGAACCGGGGCAAACCGCUGGUAGAUCUCACUCCGGUCUACCAAGCCCCUCCGCAGCACAGUCGCAAAGGCAGGGGCGUUGCCGUUGAACCCGGCGUCCCACUAAUUGACGCGGUCAACGGGCUGGAUCCCGUGGGGGGCAUCGCCAUCCCGCCUUCAACAACCUGGAGACGCCCACCCGUGCCCCCCGAGCCACUCUCCAUCCCCGAGAUGCAGACUCGCAAGCGUUCCAACACCGCCCGCAGCGCCAGCAACCAUCGGCCCUACCACGCGGAAUCCGCAUCCCCCAUGAUCCCGCUGGAUCACUCGCAGUCACCCGACAAUCCCUUCCUCGCCAACAGCCUCCUCGCCCGUACAGCGCAGCUUGCUGUUGUACCAAGCAGCGGCCCCGUGGGUCAUGGCGUGGCCACUGGCGACCGCAACGCUACGAAGCCGAUGCUGGAUAUGACUCCGGCCAGUCCGUUUGCGGAGGGUAGUCUUCUACGGAAUCUUUGA